AUGGCCAAAUGUGCAGGCUGUAGGGUGCGGCAUCUAAUCUGCGACACACAAUCUACCUGCGCUGAAUGCGAGAAGAGUGGUAGAGAUUGCGUUCGUCUUAAUGUCCGCUUCCGGCAUCUCGUGUGCCCCUCAGAUGAGAUCACUCGUGCGGAUUGUACCAAAUAUAAGUUCUUCUUCGGCAGCGAUCAGACGUGGAUUGACACCAAUGGGACUAUCCAAUUCGUCACAGAAAGCGACAGCAGCGCCGACGCUUCACCAACGGACGAACUAGAGAGCAAUGUGUUCGAUGCCGUGGGCUUGGAUGUGGAGCCUCGGCCCGCUCCAGUGGAGCAGUCGUCUCCUAAGUUCGUGCUUGGAUCGACGUCUCAGACUCCAGCUGUUCAGGCUUCCGUUCUAGACGAUGGCCCACCAGAGUAUUUGGCAGCAUUGGAGCAAGUGCCUUACGACCCGCCAGGUAGCGUCCUCCUCGAAGAUGCAUCGGAAAUGCCGGCCCAUUCAUUGCAAGAGGUAUCCCAGCUUGGAGAGAAGCUACCGACCGACACGAGUGUAUCCUACUUAGAGAGUGUGCUGCCCGCACCGGAGCUGGAGUGUCCAUUGAAAAGCUUAAAAGAGGGAAAGCUACUCCAGCAUUGGGUCACUCAUCUCGCGCCAUGGUUCGACGUUGGCGAUAGCAAGAGACACUUCGGCAAGAUCGCGACAUGCAUGGCAGCGUCAAGUCCCUUAUUGAUGACCGUGAUUCUCGCUAUUGCCGCUCUUCAUCAUAGCCGAGUCAGCGGCCAAAGUGAUCUGUACAGCGCAAUGACCUACCACGACAAAUGCCUGAACAUGAUUGUGCCGAUGUUGAGCGACCCGGAUCACGCCAACGAUGACUGCGGAACUUCCAUCUUCUUCCAUCCGGAAGCUACAUACAAUUCGUCUCAACUUCGUAGGGCAGUCUUCUGGCUACAUCUCCGCCAAGAGAUAUACAACGCCUUCUUGUAUCAGCGCAGCGUUAUCACCGAUCUGAACAAUUGCAACUUCGAGUUCGAGAACGAGUCUGAGAACGACGACAUGUGGUUCCACCAAACCUUGUACAUUGCUUCUCUGGUAUCGAAGUGGGCCUUUGGCGAGGAAACAUCACAUGCCCGAUGGUACGAGCUUUGCAAGAUGAUGGACGUGUGGGAGAGCAGACGCCCUACCCGCUUCGAUCCGAUAUACUUCCGCACACGAGACCCAACAAACAGCAGAUACUUUCCUGAAGUCUGUUAUGCGACAGAUGAGCAUGUCGCCGCAGCUCAUUUCUUCUACCUAUCAAAACUUUUGCUCACAACCCACGAUCCCAACCUGCCACGGAUUGGACCUCGAAUGAAGUCCGCGACCGUAGAGAUGCAGAAGACGGCGCUGUCAUAUGUGCGUAACCUCGUCGGCAUCGCAGUCUGCAACAACUUCAUCGUUGCCAGAUUCACAGCCACUCUUGCUAUCAUCAUCUGCGACAGUUGGUUCACGGAUCGGCGAGAGCAGGAAGCUAUUCUCGACUUCAUGCGUGAAACAAGUCGAUGCAGUGGAUGGACAAGACAGAACGUACAGCAGGCAUUGUUGGAGGAGUGGGGCUGGAAGGAGGAACAGAUACGAGAGCGUAGUACCUCGUAG